AUGUCAGCAAACGCAAAAAGCCAGGAACUUCUAUUUGUAGGAUCGACAUGCCAUCUAGACUCCUGCAGCCUGAACGAUUUCCUACCAAUCAACUGUCCACAUUGCUCAUACACCUUUUGCUCUUCCCACUUUCUCCCUGAUGCACAUCGAUGUAACAAGUGGGAUCCGACUAUGCACAACCGUGUAGCGCCGAGCUGUCCCUUCUGCAACAUUCCUGUUGCCUAUCCCAGCGGCGGUGAUCCAGACGCUGCCAUGGAAAGUCACUUUAAAUCAUCCUGUGAGGCGUUGGGGAGGGAAGGGUCUUCCAAGAAAAGUGCACGUAUAUGCGCACAUGCUCGCUGUAGGAAAGUUCUGAUAGUUCCCAUUCACUGCCCGUCAUGUAGAAGGCAGUUUUGCCCCGAACACAGAUUUGCUGCAUCGCACUCAUGUUCGUCUAUCUCUGGGCCUAAUAAUGGCCGUCCCACAAUGUCGAAAACGCCGUCGUUGAAUUCUCGUGUCGAUAACUCUCAUGCCAACAACCAGGUGUGGUACUCUCAACUCAAGACUGCGAGGCCUAAGAUGGCACAAGAACCAGCUUCCUCAAACGGAGCUCAAUCGUCCUCUUCAUUGAGAAACGAGAAGAUUGGAAGUGGGCUGAUGAGCAGCGUGCCAUUCUCGAAAGCUGACCGGUGCGAGGCUUCUUCCGCACCCUCUCCGAAUCUAAAGCCAAGAUGUUCAUUCGUACCGGGUCGUUCCUUACCGUUUCCAUCAUCAUUUUCGCCGCCCCCACUCUUUUCUAACAAUGUUGGUUCCCGCGAUGUAUUCGUUUGCACCUAG